GCGCUGGCUGUCCCGUAUUUCCUUCAUGUUGUGAGCCACUGAACUCUCACCUGCACACCUCAGUCUGUCUGCCAUGUCCAUAUAUCUUCGUUCAAUUCCCGCCAUUUCUCUUCGUUUCAAACCCCUUUCUCUCACUUAUCUCUCUCCCAUCAAUCCAUCGUUAGUUCUCAGAGCGCUCCCAAAACGUAGCCUUUCGUCACACUCCGUCCCAGCUCCCGCUGCUGCUACUCCGGUUUCUUUUGGAGAAACUGAUUCCAGUAUUCCUUCAAUCCAAUCAAAUGGGAUGCUGAAAUGGGUCACCCGCACGCGAUACUGCGGCGAAUUGUCCGAAUCCGAUGUGGGUAAACGGGUCAGGCUUUGUGGGUGGGUCGCCCUCCAUAGGGUUCACGGUGGCCUCGCCUUUUUCAACCUCAGAGAUCAAACUGGAAUUGUCCAGAUUACUACACUUCCAGAUGAUUUUCCUGAGGCUCAUUCUACUGUAAAUUGUUUAAGACUUGAAUAUGUCAUAGCAGUGGAUGGUGUUGUGCGGCCUCGGCCUGGUGAAUCCGUCAAUAAGAAGAUGAAGACUGGCAUGAUUGAGGUCACAGCAAGGCAUGUAGAUGUGUUAAAUGCAGUACAUAUAAAGCUGCCAUUCUUGGUUACUGCAGCUGAUGAUUCAAAAGAAUCUCCUAAAGAGGAAAUACGAUUGCGGUAUCGGUGUCUUGAUCUACGCCGACCACAAAUGCAUUCCAACUUAUUGCUGCGACAUAACGUGGUGAAAUCGAUACGAAGGUACCUGGAGGAUGAACAUGGUUUUGUGGAGGUUGAGACUCCAAUCCUCUCUAGGUCUACUCCUGAAGGUGCUCGGGACUAUUUAGUGCCUUCUAGAAUACAGCCAGGAGCAUUCUAUGCAUUGCCUCAAAGUCCACAACUCUUCAAGCAAAUGCUGAUGGUAUCUGGUUUUGACAAAUAUUAUCAAAUAGCAAGAUGUUUUAGGGAUGAAGAUUUAAGAGCAGAUAGGCAACCUGAAUUUACACAACUGGAUAUGGAAAUGGCCUUUACUUCUUUAGAGGACGUGCUCAAGCUUAAUGAAGAAUUGAUAAGAAAGGUUUUUUUAGAUAUCAAAGGUGUCCAGUUGCCCGAUCCUUUUCCAAGUCUGACAUAUGCUGACGUAAUGGAUCGAUAUGGCUCGGAUAGGCCAGAUAUUCGUUUCGAUCUUGAACUGAAAGAUGUAUCUGACAUUUUUAGGAACUCCAGCUUUAAGGUUUUUGCGGAUGCUUUGACAAGUGGUGGGAUAAUUAAAGUAAUAUGUGUCCCAUCUGGUGCAAAAACCUAUUCUAACACUGCUCUCAAGAAAGGGGACAUUUACAGAGAAGCUAUUAAAUCUGGUGCCAAGGGUUUGCCUUUCAUAAAGGUCUUGAAUAAUGGGGAUAUUGAAGGGAUUUCCCCGCUCGUUUCAAGCAUGGAUGCCACACAGAAAGAGCAAUUAAUUAAGCGAUUGUCUGCGAGUGCAGAUGAUCUCAUCUUGUUUGCAUUGGGCCACCAUGCACCAGUCAAUAAGACAUUGGACCAUUUGAGAAUAUAUAUAGCCCAUGAAUUGGGUUUAGUGGAUGAAUCAAGGCAUUCAAUCUUGUGGGUGACUGAUUUUCCAAUGUUUGAGUGGAACGAUCAAGAACAGAGGUUUGAGGCCUUGCAUCACCCUUUCACGGCCCCAAACCCUGAAGAUAUGAACAACCUUGCAUCUGCACGUGCCCUAGCAUAUGAUAUGGUUUACAAUGGAGUUGAGAUUGGAGGAGGUAGUCUGAGAAUUCACAAGCGGGAUGUGCAGCAAAAGGUAUUGGAAAUGGUUGGCAUCUCCCCUGAACAGGCAGAAGCAAAGUUUGGUUAUCUUAUGGAGGCUUUGGAUAUGGGUGCCCCUCCACAUGGAGGUAUUGCUUAUGGGGUGGAUAGGUUGGUGAUGCUUUUGGCAAGCACACAAUCCAUCAGGGAUGUUAUAGCAUUCCCAAAGACAACAACUGCCCAAUGUGCUCUAACUCGUUCACCUUCUCAAGUGGAUCCUCAGCAGUUGAAAGACCUUUCAUUGAAAACCAUUUAGUUAUUGCAUGCAAUGACAUGCCAUUGAGUACCUGUUGUGGUUAUUUUAGGCUGCGUUUGUAUUUAUUUUUUAUUUGUUUGCCUCAAACAACAAAAGAAGCUAUAAACCCUCAAUAAAUAGAAGUGCAUAAACUAUCAAACAUGAUUGUUUUAUUGAAAGGAUAUAUUUGUUUUGUGUUACGUUCUCACAUUCAAUAAGUGAACAUGCCUUGUUCUUUGUAAUUACAUGUGAUUUGUGACCUAU